AUGUUUAAAGACAAGACCUUUAUCGUGAAGAGGUCUCAAAACGCCGGCAAAAUCGCAAUGGAGUCGUCUAAGCAGAGUUUAUCACUUGAUAGUCGCGGGGAAUCUUCUUCCACUCCUCUCGCCUCCAAAGGCAAGCAGAUUGUACAGGGUCAGGGUGAAGUGUUUACACACUUCGUAUCAUUUCCAUUAGCCAUAUACCCUGAGUUGAGGAAAAAGCUUGAGGCUUUUCGGAAUUCGAUAUUGGGUGACAAUGAUAAUUUGAAGUUUAAGGGUACUACUUUAGCUGAAAUGGGAAUCGACAAAUCGAUCUUUGUAUCGCCAAAUACUCUCCAUUUGACUGUGGUUAUGUUAAAGUUAGAGAACAAGGAAGCUGUGGAUGCAGCUCUGAAUAUCCUUAAGAGUAUUUCAUCUAAUGUGAGGCAUGUUUUGGAUAACCGACCUGUCUACAUAAGACUUAAGGGAUUGAAUUCUAUGAAUGACUCUUUCGACAAAACCCGCGUGCUCUAUGCUCCUGUUGAAGAAGUUGGGAAUGAAGGCCGGCUGCUAAGUGCUUGUCAUGUUAUCAUCGAUGCAUUUGCGAAUGCUGGAUUUGCUGGGAAAGAUGCAAAGUCACGCUUGAAGCUACAUGCCACGGUGAUGAAUUCAAGCUAUAGAAAAGGAGGCAAAAACACUUUUGACGCGCAAGAGAUACACAAAGAGUUUGGGAACAAGAAUUGGGGAAAAUAUCUAAUCAGAGAAGCUCAUAUCUCGAAACGAUCUUGGAUUGAUCGUGUAUUUGUGUUUACGAGUAGAUGUUUUCAAUCGAAACCGGAAACUUUCAGUUUCAUGAGCUAUAGAGGGAACGCUGCUAUGGAGGGAAGCAAGAAGCAAAAGAUGGUAAAUUUAGUGUGGAGACCUAUCUCUACUCAUUCCUCUUCAAUUGUUGCAGAAGCUGGAAAUAAUGUCCAAGAAGCUCAGUGUAGCAAAUCAAGUGAUGUUUGUGAGGAAGUUAGUCAAGGAGAAGUGAAUGAGACAGUCUCAGUUGUUUCGGAUGGAAAGCAUUCAGUUUCUCUUGAGGUUGGUUCUUCUUUGAUUAAGUUCAUCAGAGGGAAAGAAGGAACUACACAGAUGAAAAUUGAAGAGGAAAUGGGAGUGAAGAUCAUUCUUCCAUCAUCGAGGAACGAAGACAACAUCAUCAUUGAAGGUGGUUCACUGGACUGUGUUACUAAAGCUUCAGAAAGAAUAGCCACCAUUAUCGAUGAGGUUGUAAAGAGUCCGAGUCUCGACUACUCACACUUUGUAUCGCUUCCAUUGGCCAUACACCCUGAGUUAGUGGACAAGCUGAUGAAUUUUCAGAACUCUAUACUCGGAAACCAUGGCAUAGCUGGUGAUGAACAAGACGACCAAGCUAAUAUAUCAACAACAAGUGUGGCGGUUGAUCUAAGAGCUAAUAGUGAAACAAACCAGGUUAAUGUGGAUAUCAAGAGCAUACCAAUUGUCAGUUACCAGCCUAAGGCUAAAGAAACAAAGUCAUCUACUUUAUAUGACUUAGGAAUUGAAAAGUCCAUAUUUAUUAAGCCAAACACCUUUCACUUGACUGUGCUUAUGCUAAAGUUAUGGAAUAAAGAUCGUGUAAACGCAGCUCGUGAUGUUCUGAAGAGUAUAUCUCCUAGUGUCAUGGAUGCUUUGGAUAACCGACCACUCUUUAUUAGACUUAAAGGAUUGGAUUGUAUGAGAGGACCAUUAGCCAAGGCUCGUGUACUCUACGUUCCUGUUGAAGAGAUUGGCGAUGAAGGCCGGCUUUUACGUGCUUGUCAAGUUAUUACUGAAGCAUUUGUGAAAGCUGGGCUUGUUCUCGAGAAAGAUGCAAAGCAAAGCUUGAAGCUGCACGCAACCGUGAUUAACGCGAGGCACAGAAAAAGAAAGGACAAAAGGAAGAAGAUGGAGACGUUUGAUGCAAGAGAGAUACACAAACAGUUUGGAAACGAAGACUGGGGAGAAUAUCUGAUCCGAGAAGCUCAUCUCUCACAGCGGUUUGUGUUCGACCAGAGCGGUUAUUACCGUUGCUGUGGAUCAAUACCAUUUCCAGAAGAACACCGAGCCUGA